UGAAACAUGAACGUAACUGACUACUUGACCACUUUCGCCGUUGUUCGCACUCAGUCAUGUCGAACAGCAGCGUCGCCAGCAGCAGUUUAGUCAUCGCCCAGAAGGCGGUGAAGCAGCUUCGUCUCGAGGCCAGUGUGCGUCGGAUAAAGGUUUCUCAGGCCGCUGCAGAACUAAAGACCUUCUGUUUGCAAAAUGCCCACAAGGAUCCCCUCCUCACCGGGGUGCCCUCCAGCGAUAACCCGUUCAGGCCUCCCAAGUCAUGUGUCCUCCUCUGACGCGGCCGUGAAGGAGUGCCAAAUCAUCCAAACGAACGCCUGAUUCCAAUGUGGAUUUCUCUCAUGUGCCCCUCUGUCUCUGAAGAUGAGGAAAUCAAGACCGUGCGCGUGCACACACACACACACACACACACACACACACACACACAGUCACACACACACAGUCACACAGUCACUGGAGCAGCUAAAUAAAUGAUGCUGAGUAAAUGCAGUGUAUUUAUUGUGACAGGGUAUUGCUCUUUUCAGGGUUCAGUGGUCUAUGGUAGAUUUCGGUUUACACAACAGGCCUUAAUGCUAAUUCUGUUUUGUGCGCCACGUCCAAUUUUGGACCACUUGUAAAACUUCUGAUUUUACAGUAGAACUACACUUUUUUUUUUCAUUGGUUAUUGGAUAAAAGUGACUAUGAAAGUCAAAUUCCUAUCUGAUUUAUUUAUUUACUUAUUUAUGAAUGUCACCCAAAGCAAAUAAAAAAAUUGGAUUACAUGUUUGUUUUUUUCUUUCGUACUUUAAAAUUGGGUGUUUAACACCAACAGAGUGUUCAUAAUUCAAAAGGAUUCUAUUAACCAUCAGAUGUUUUAUUAUUAUUCACCAUUAAAAGUAACCAUGGCAUCAAUUUUGCAUCUGUUUUUUUCCCCUGGUAAAAUAAAAUCACAUAAAUCAUGUUUUUAUUUAGAAUUUCAAGACCUUUCAGCGCUCUGUUUUCCAAGAUGCUUCUAUCUGCUGUCGUAGA